AUGUCGAAGCAGCCCAAGCCAAAAAAUCUUCCCGUCCUGCCUCCCGUCCCUGUCGCCAGCGAUGACGAAGGCGACUCCAAAAAACCCGGUAUGGCCCCAGGGAACCAGCGGACGGAGAGCCCUGUGAACCAGCAGCCGGACAGCCUUGCCAACGCUCCCGGCAGUCCCUACCAAGCCCACGGACAUAACCAGGUGCCUCGUCACCGGUUCCUGUCUCCAGCAGAGAGGUCUGUCGUUGCCAAGGGAAUAGGCGGCGUGCGUGAUGUCGAGGAUCACGGCACAGCCCAUCCCACCAGCUGGUGGUGGCCCCCCAUGGGCAUGCCCAGAGGCCUCUAUCGCGACAUUGUGACGUGCAAGACCAAGUUCAACUAUGUGUUCCAUGCAAUCAGUAUCAUCCGAUGGACUCUGAUGGUCGCCCAACUGCUCAUUGGCGCCACCGUGACGUCUCUGGGUUCCAUGUCGCUGCAGAGUGGAAUAUCAAUCACCAUUCUCGGGGCUGUCAAUACCGUCAUCGCUGGCCUGCUCGCCUUGUUGCACAAUAGCGGACUGCCCGAUCGCUAUCGCUACGACAAGGCCCAGUUUGAGGAGCUGGAAGACCACAUCAAAGAACUCCUGGACUCGGGCAUUGCCCCCGUCGAGCAGACGGCCGACCAGAUCCUCGCCGAAUGCUUCGAUCUGUUCCGGGAGGCCAAGGCCACUGUCACUGCAAACAUGCCGGUCAAUUACAAUUCGCGAAAGGCUUUGCAGACAGGCAACAUGCAAGACCAAGCUUCGCCGCCUCCCGCGCCAUCGCCUCCCGGGACAUCGUCGACGGUGCCGUCGCCCAAGACCAACGCUGGCGAGAAGGCCCGGCAGCAGGAGCCACGUCACGACAGCCAGGGCAGCAAGAAGGAGGAGAGAGCAUGA